CCCUUUCCAAUUUAAGAUCUCAGAUGUGACAAAAUGCCUGGUGCUGCCAAUCCAAAUCCGUGGAGUUUCUCUGAGUUACUGGGGCAGAGGAGCAUUCUUGGAGUUGUAGUUUUGAUUGCAUGGUUAGUUCUGUUCCAUCUUCUGGUGAAUGUGUGGCUGCUGUGCAUCUUCACCAGUCUGUUGGUCGUGCUGGGUGGAUGGCUGGGAUCUCGUGUCGCUUUGGAUGCCAACAGCCUCCUUCAUUUGGAGCACUUUCUACCGCUGCGUCAGUCCCCUGAAGUUCACACUACCUCAGAGAGUGAACAAAGGCUGGAUUGGGAGAUUCAGAGUGCCGUUGACAAGGCUGUGCGGGACUUUGUGUCAUCCUGGUACUGCAGUUCUGUUUCUAAAGGAGGGGAUGAGUUUGAAUGGGAGGUGAGGGAUGCCAUGCUGGAGGUGGCCGCUGAACUGAAGAGGAGGGCGAAGCAGGUGGACCGGAGAGCACUGUCCCAGAGGGUUCUAGAGCUUUGCGGAUGCCAUCUGCAAAGCUUUAGCCAAGCCAAGGAACGCCAACGCACACUGCAAGAAGAGUCUAACCAAACUUUUUCAAACUCACAAAAACUACGGAGAUUGUACAUUAGAGCUGAUUUUCCUCACCCUGCCCUUACUGGCCCAGCUAACCAGCUCUGCUACACCAGAGCACUGGUAGAUCUCCUCAUGCACAUCCUUAUUCCCAAAUCUCACUUGGAAACAAGAACAGGCCGGUACAUGGUGGGAGAGCUCAUCACCUGCAAUGUUGUUCUGCCCCUCGUGGCAAGAAUAUCCAAUCCAGAUUGGUUAAACCAGACCAUUGUAAAUGUGUUCACCCAAUCCACUGACAAAGAAGCACCAAGCCCGCAGCAAACACCUCCAGAAAACGAGGAAGAAUCUGUUGGCAGCUUCUGGGAUUGUGACUCCCCAAUUACUUUCAACUGUCCUGAAACCUCCAGCAUGCAGACAGCUUGGUCUGAAUCCACAGCUCCCCUUCAUGAUUCAUCUGAAACAAGUUUCCAGAGUCAGUGGUCCUCUGAUGAAAAUGUACAAGGGACGAGAAGUUCCAGCAUUCUUUUUCCAGAAAGAAUGACCCAAAGUACAGCCGAACUGCUCAGAUCUCCUUACCGCACCAGCCGCCUCUAUAAACACACUGACUACGACCUGGAUUCACCCUCUUCAGAUGAGAGAAAGAUAUCUAGUGAGUCUUUGAAACGAACAGACUCAGAUGAUGAGAACUUCUGCGACUGCAUGUCUCCUUCAGACUUUUGUGGCUUGGUUUGUCUGGAGGAAGACACGUUGGGUCUUUUGGAGAAGUGUUUCAGACAAAAUGUGAUAAUUUCAGAGCCUCCAUCACCGGAGAGUACAGUGGAAGAGUGUCCAGUCCAACCCCUGAUUUACACAUCAAACUCCAUCCCCAGAAGCCUUGGUCUGGACUCGUUAGUUUUUGAUAACUUGGGAAAUCUAGAGGGACCGGUAACUAUUCAGAACUUGCAAAUCACUGGGACCAGCACAGCCAAAGAGCAAAGAAGCAACAGCACUCAUCCUUAUACUCUUUACACUAUAAAGUAUAAAACCGCUGGCGAUUCAGAGAGUUCAAAGUCUGAUCAGCCUGUUGUAUAUCAUAUGGUGAACCGGCGCUACAGUGAGUUCCUCAAUCUGCAGACCCGUUUGGAGGAAAGGCCUGAUCUCAGGAAGGUGAUCAAAA